CUCUCAAUCGACAUUCAGCUUUGCUAUCAAAACUCUUUACGGCCGUCAUACCUGGCGCACCCGCAUCGAGUCAGCAGAGCCUUUUUUCUUUCCAGAACAUUAGUAACGUGGUAGAUCUCUAAUACGAAUUUCGAAUAAACAAAAUGGUCCGCGUAUCUGUCCUCAACGAUGCUAUGAACAACAUCGUCAAUGCCGAACGUCGUGGAAAGCGUCAAGUCUUGAUCCGUCCAUCAUCAAAGGUCACCGUCAAAGUGCUUUCUGUCAUGCAACACCACGGUUACAUCGGUGAAUUUGAAAUUGUCGAUGACCACCGUUCUGGCAAGGUUGUCAUUCAGCUCAACGGUCGAUUGAACAAAUGUGGUGUCAUCUCACCACGAUUCAACAUCGGCGUUGAUGAGAUCGAAAAUUGGGUCAACUUGCUUCUUCCCGCCCGUUCGUUCGGCAAGAUCAUCCUCACCACCUCAUCCGGAAUCAUGGACCACGAAGAGGCCAGGCGAAAGCACACGGGAGGUAAAAUUCUUGCUUACGUUUACUAGGCGCUGAAUGCAUUGCAUGGUAUACUUUUGGUUUG